UCCUCCUCCCGAAAAUGAAACGUAAUUUCUCAGCUCGUUUGAAACGUCACACACGAAAUGUUUUCCGCGGCAUUUGAGUGAAAAUUUCCAGUUUUCGUGCGUGAAAAAUGCAUUAGCUGAUGAGAAUAAUGUUAGUAAGUGUUUUGUUAAGUAGUGAGUGAAGAAAUUUUCCCAUUUCCAAGUUAUCUUCAGGGAGAUUUUCUUGUGUGAAAAAUUUCUAUACUUCUGGGUGGGGGUUGAAAUUAUGUGAUUUUGGGGUUUGGGGGCGUACACACCAGAGACUUUUUCUUGGAACUCUAUUUUUAUUCUUCUGGGCAAAAGUGAAACCACCGAUUUUUGGCGCGAAAUGGCAACUGAAGAGCAGGAAGUGCUCGUGGGAGAGAGCGAAGAGCCUGGGACUGAAGAAUAUAUGGAUGAUACAGCGGCUCCGGCGUCAGGAUUGAGGCGUCGCAAGGGAAAAAUAAUGUCGUGUGCCAAAGAAACCAUCGAAAAUGCUUCCAGACUUAUUCGUCGACGAGUGCCUUGUGCCGGACACCUCAUGACGCCUCGACGUCUCUGGCUCAACAAGAUCCCCGCUCAGUGCGACGUUGUUAUUGAAUUUCCAGAGGAUGCACCAGAUGAGGCGCUCCGCUGGCUCCUGUCACGAAUCCGAUCACCCACACCCAACGGCCUAGGAUUAUCGGCCCAUGUGCGGGCACACGACAGUACAAAACGCACUGCAUUCUACCUGAGCGCCCCAAUUAACAUACUGUUCCGGGCGGCGGAGGAAGCUCGCCUGCCGAAGCGCCUCAAGAGUGACCUGGGUGGGGCCUUGCGAGAUUUCACGACACGCGAGAAGCACUGCUUUGCCCAGGCGAAAGUGUCCACGGGCGAGGGUGAUGAUGGUGGCGGGAGUACACUUUUCACAUCUCAAGAGCGUCAGUGGCUCGUACUUCAGAUACUGCAAGGCUUGAGAGCGGGACUUGGGGAUUUGGAAGCGCUACAAGGAAAAGCGGCGGUGGCGGAGGGACAGAGCAUAAUUGCUGCAUGGCAAGAAUCUGGUCUUAUUACCCAAGUAUUUCCACUGCAUGAAACAACCGCCUUAACCCAAUUGCAAUCCAGUUGGGUACGUAAUAUUUUUGCACCACAGCCAUUAGACGACAUUGCAGAGUACUUUGGUGUGAAGGUAGCCCUAUAUUUUGCCUGGUUAGGCCACUAUACGUGUGCUCUAGGAGUUCCAGCCGUUUUCGGCACCCUCAUGUGGGCUGGAUUGUAUGGACGUGGUCAAACGGCUCAGGAUAUCGGCCAUGUGCUCUUUUCACUUUUCAACGUGGCCUGGGCAUCUCUGUACUUGGAGGCCUGGCGUCGCUAUUCAGCAGAAUUGGCCUUCCGCUGGGGAACCCUAUCUACCCCACCUGAACUUCUUGAGCCACCCCGGCCUCUCUACAAAGGACCGCUUGUUGAAAGUCCAGUUACUGGCAGACUUGAACCUAAAGAAGCCCCUGCUUGGCAACGUCGAGCAUUUCGGUAUCUGGUUAGUUUUCCCGUGAUUGGCCUUUGUCUGGUUGUGGUCUUCAUAGUAAUGUUCGUUAUGCUGCGUUUCCAGGAUUGGCUAGAUGAGCAUCUUCCAGACGCUGAUGUUUGGAAAUGCAUUUGCAUGGCACCUCAGGACUGGUGGGAUGGGAAACUACCGGAAAAUGGUUUCUUAAGUUGCUUGAGUGUGAUUCCUAAAGUUCUUCUAGCAGGUGCAAUUACAUUGAUGGAUGAGGCUUACUUCAAAUUAGCCGUCUGGCUAAAUGAUCGAGAAAAUUACCGUCUCCAGUCCAAGUAUGAGAAUCAUCUUAUUGCAAAGGUGGCUCUCUUCCAAUUCGUCAAUUCUUUCCUCUCACUCUUCUAUAUCGCAUUCUACCUCUGCGAUCAGGAUAAGCUUAAAGAGCAACUAGCUGGGUUGCUAAUCUCGAGGCAAAUCAUUGGGAAUUUGAGAGAAUCUGCCUGGCCCUAUGUUUUAGAACAGUGGAAGCUUGCUAAAUUGAGCUUUAAACUUUGGGGUGCCCUUAGCCCUACACAAGAGAUCAAUUCAAAACCAGAAGAUAGUAAGGGUCAGGAUGACAAGGGAUCAGAAGGAUCCGUUGGGAAGAGGAGUAUUGGUCAAGCUGAAAUUGAGAGUUCCCUCUAUAAAUACGACGGAACAUUUUCAGAUCAUCUGGAGAUGCUUGUCCAAAUGGGAUAUGUUGUACUGUUUUCCGCUGCAUUCCCUCUAGCAGGAUUGUGCGCCCUAGCCAAUAACUUGCUAGAAAUCCGUUCAGAUGCAUUCAAAUUAGCCCAUGUGCAUCAAAGACCCUUUGGGCAGAGAGUUGCAAAUAUCGGAACCUGGCAGAAUGCUCUUAGUUUGCUAGGACUAGCAGCUGUAAUUGUUAACUGUGCCCUUAUAGGGCUAUCAGGCCAAGUAUCAAGACUUUGGCCAGGACUCACUUCAACCCAAACAGUAAUCUUAAUUGUGGCUUUGGAACACUUAAUGUUGGGACUCAGGUCAGCACUAACUUGGCUUCUGCCCGAACUGCCAUCUUGGCUUGCGGCUGAAAUAGCCAGGGCAGAACACUGUCGCAGGGAAAUGCAAUGCAAGGGUACGUCCCCAAGGGCUACUCCACCCUCCCCGUCCUCCACGUCAAUUUCGCAUCCUGAUCCUGAAGAACAGACACCCGAUCCUCUUCUUGAGCAAUCCAGUCAGGAAGUUGAAGAUAUCGUCUUUGAGCCUGAAGACCCUAAUCUUCUAUUUCGCGAUGGGAUACCUAGGUCUAUUACACCGGAUUCACCAAUAUCUCAGACAAGUACUGUUCUUAUUCGACCACUUCUGGAUAGUUCAACAAAUACAAGUGGUUCUUCCAUCCAAAAUAUCCCAUCGGAUGUGGCUCUAUCUGGAUCAGGUGCAUGUAGGCAUUUAAAGCAAGUAUCAGAGAUAUCAAAACUGUCUGAAAUACCUCCAUUCCGUGGUUAUUCCGUACGAAAUUCAAUGCCCAAGAAGAACAUUGCGUCAGGUACUUCUCCAACCACAAAGACUAUCUCGCAGCCAAUUCACAUCCCAGAGAUUCCGCCAUUUAGGAAGAAUCAGCAACAAUCCCAAACUCCGCCUCAGAGAGGUUCAGUCUCGUCAAUGGGAGUUACUCCUUCACCUCCGAAAAUCCCUGAGAUUCCACCCUUCAAGCCGCGCAAAUCUGCUGAAAUAAUACCUCCGACUUCAACAACCACCACAACUUCCGGUGAAAGUCAACCGGUCGGAGUACCUGACUGGGCUAGGCGCCUCAAGGCAGCUGAGCCAUCUCCCGUUCAUCGGAGUACAGACUGCAUUGCACCUAAAGAGCUGCACUUAGGCACGGAUUCACCAGAGCAAGGACUUAAAAAUGCACCAUCCUGGAGUUCAGUGGCAGUUCGAAAUAGUGGCGCUAGUACAGGAGAUGCUGUAGCCAAUUCCAGUACGGGAAGUUCCUCUCCAGCUAGUGGUACUGUACCGAAGAAGCUGUCCACAUCGGGAACAGACGAUGAAGCUAAAGCUGCAGAAUUGGCUGCCAAAAAGUCCCGCCUGAAGCAGAGCUUAAUAAAGAGGGCUAGAUCUGUGGCAGUAUUCUCGCUGAAGCUGAAAGAGAGAAGGGCUAGGGAAGCUGAAAAGGCCGCUCUGGCCGCAGUUGAACAUGCUAAAGUUGUGGCAUCUGUUACAAAUCCUCCAGCUGGUGGUGAAUUAUCCUUCCUGCCCAUUGAACAACUCAUUCAAGUGGACGAUGUCGUUAAACAUCGAAAUUCAGCAUCAGGCUCAGGAACACUCUAAAAAGGAAAGUAAUAAGAAUUUUUCAAAAGUAUUACAAGAAAAAGUAAUAUACUCUGAAAGCUCUCUUGAGGGAGCUUUCAAAAUCUAAACUGAUGAAUUUUAGCUAGAUUGCAAACAAAAUUAAUUCUAAACCCAAGAUGGCACAAGUAACUGGUAAUUUUAGGUUCAAAAGCAAUGUUGAAAAACAAAAACACGUAAGAUUAGUUUAGUUACCAAGAGAGCAGAGAAAAUAGUUUGCAAAUUGUUAGUAAAAUUCAGAUGAUUAGCUGAGCUUUCUGUGACGUAUUUUGCUGGCUUUGGAUUAAGUGCAAAUCCUCCUUUAGCAAUUGUUGAGGUAUAAACUUCAGAGACUUUAUUUAUAUUCUCCAUUGAAGAAACAAAUUUAUGUUUCAUCCUUAUUUUUGUGCCUCUAAACAUCAGCCGAAUUGAGAGGUGAAGUCGGGUCAAAGGUCAAUGUUUCACCUCUACGAAAGACAUAAAAAAAGUGUACUAUAAAUAUUAUAUUUUUGCUAGACAUUUUUUAUUGUUCAGCAAUAACGAGGAAAAACUAUACAACAAAAGAAAAUGUAAUAAAGCUGAAUGAGGGGAAAAUUCUCAUUCACUAACGAAAAAAAUUGUGCUUCUUACUAUUUUGUUUAGAAAGACAUUCAGAACAAAUAAAAUGCUUUUUCUACCAAGAGAAUAAUGUUUCAGGAAAUUAAUAUUUCCUGCAAAACAACUAAUUCAAAAUAUCCGAUCCAUUAUAUGUUUAAAAAAAAUGUUAUUCAAUACAAUUUAUUUGGAUAAAUUACCAAUUUCCUAAAAUUCUUAAAAGAUCUACUCCCUCUAAAAUGUAAAAUAAAAUAAAAAUAUGAAAUGAAAAAAAAGUAUUGUCAUUAAUUGUGUAUUGAUUGUGAUAAUAGAAUAGUCAUCGAAUAUUGAAGAAAAAAUAUUAAAAGAAUAUUUGUGAAUAUACUCGUGAAAAGAUUAAUGUGAUAUUUGAUUGUUUGUUGGGAAACGUUUUAUUAAUUUUUGCGAUAUCGAUUUGACAAAAAAAAGAAACAUAUUUUACAACAAUUUUUGACACGGAGGGAGACGAAAAGAAUUACUUUGUGCUUCUCAAUAUCUUUUGAGAUGAAAUUGGAUAAAAAUUCAAAGCGAAAACAUAUCAAUUCUCGAUAUAUUUUGGCGCAAUUCACUAAAAAAAACACACACACAAAACCCUGUUUAAAAAAAAAACUCUGUUGGGCUUAGGAACACCCAAUCAAAAAUCACAUUGAAUUUCAGAUAAAGAGAAAAAUGUGGACAGAAAUAUGCAUAGUUUAAUCCUCCAAGUAAAUCUAAUUUUCAAAUCCAAAGCUCUGUUUUGCAUUUUGCAAAGUAACGUUGAGAGAGCUAAAAAAAUUAUACAAAAGAAAAUAUCGUUACUCCAAAAAAAUAACAUGUUGCAUUGAAUAAUGAAUUUUUUUAGAAUGUUAAAAUUUUCUAAGUGAUAAGCCAUGAAUUACAAUAAUUACAUUUAAUUAUAUUACUUAUAUUGUAAGGACACACAACACACACAAUUUAUUAUAUUAAAAAGUGUACUCUCUAAAGGACAACAGAACAAGCUUAAUAACGACAAUUAAAAUACAAUUUGAGAAAUGAA